AUGGAGAACGACAGCAGUCACGUGACUGAGAGGAUACUAAAUCUCACACUGGAGAUCAUCUACCUGCUGACUGGAGAGGGUUAUACAGUAGUAAAGAACACAUCCAGUGAAUGUGAGACACCCAGCAGCUGUCCCCGUGUGUCAGGAGGACUGAGCAGGACCCAGAGCCCCAUCACGGUGCCUCCACCUCACUUACAGAUACAUGAGAGUCACAAUGACCAGAAGAUCCUGGAACUCACCAACAAGAUCAUUCAGCCACUGACUGGAGAGGGUGAAGAUCUUACAAAUAUAAAGGGAGUAGAGACGUAUGUGACUGAUAUGAUGGCAGAAGAUACAGAGGGAGAAGAAGAGACGUAUGCAGAAGAUAUAGAGGGAGAAGAAGAGACGUAUGUGAGGGGUGAUCAGCAGCGUAAGGAGGACGAAAUCCCUACAGAUAUCAGCACAGAGGACACUUCAGAUGAUGACGUUGGUUCAUCCCAUUCUGAAUCUGCGUCUAGAGAUGAGGAGUAUCUUACAUCAGUAGAUAUACCCAAAUUAAAUCAUUCAGUUAAUUCCAUUCCGUCUUUAGAGGAGGCAGUAGAGCCCGUGUUAAAAUCUAAGGCUCCUAUAUUUAAACGUCCAAAAACUGAUAAUUCAGAAUUUCUAGAUUCAGAGCAGAUGAUGGAAAUAAUGCAAGAGGCAUGGGUGACACCCAGUAAGAAAUGUAAGAUCCCUAAGAAAUGGGGUUAUUAUUAUCCUCUCCUCUCUGUGGACUGUUUGAUAAGGGAAGUUCCUCCCAAAGUAGAAGCACACAUAGUUCGGCUAGUGCGCAAAUCUAAAUUACCUCUGCCUUCAACAUCAUCAAAUGAUGUAACAGACAGAAAGAUUGAUGGUUUUCUUAAAACUAUUUUCUCCGUGACUGUAAAUGUUAUUUCUGCAGCGGGGUUCACUGAUGGAGGUACAAGCAGGAACACCUUGGAGGGAGAUCUCAUCUUGCCUGCAGAUACUGACAUAGAAGAUAACAUCACACAGGAUUCUCCAGGAGACAGCCCCGUUAUGCUAAAUAUACAUCCAGUACCUCACAGCGCAGAUAUAUCAUCUGAUCCCCCUAACUGCGAGGACUGUUCUCCUGAUACCUCAGAUUUUGUUACACAUAGUGCAGCUCAUACACCUGAUAGAGUAUUUCCCUGUUCUGAGUGUGGGAAAUGUUUUACUCACACAUCAAGUCUUGUUAAACAUCAAAGACUCCACACUGGUGAGAAACUAUUUACGUGUUCUGAGUCUGGGAAAUGUUUCACACAAAAAUCAACUUUAGUUAUACAUCAGAGAUGUCACACAGGUGAGAAACCAUUUCCAUGCUCCCAGUGUGGGAAAUGUUUUACACGGAAAUCAGAUCUUGUUAAACAUCAGAGAAUCCACACAAGCAAGAAGCCAUUUCCAUGCUCCGAGUGUGGGAAAUGUUUUACACACAAAUCACAACUUGUUAAUCAUCAGAUAAUCCACACAGGUGGGAAACUAUUUCCAUGCUCUGAGUGUGGAAACUGUUUUACAAAUAAAUACAAUCUUGUUAAACAUCAAAGACUCCACACUGGUGAGAAACUAUUUACGUGUUCUGAUUGUGGGAAAUGUUUCACACAAAAAUCAACUUUAGUUAUACAUCAGAGACGUCACACAGGUGAGAAACCAUUUCCAUGCUCCCAGUGUGGGAAAUGUUUUACACUGAAAUCAAAUCUUGUUGCACAUUUGAGAUGUCACACAGGUGAGAAACCAUUUCCAUGCUCUGAGUGUGGGAAAUGUUUUACACAGAAAUCAGAUCUUGUUAAACAUCAGAGAAUCCACACAGGCGAGAAGCCAUUUCCAUGCUCCGAGUGUGGGAAAUGUUUUACACACAAAUCAUAUCUUGUUAAACAUCAGAGACUCCACAGUGGUGAGAAACUAUUUACGUGUUCUGAGUGUGGGAAAUGUUUCACGCAAAAAUCAACUUUAGUUAUACAUCAGAGACGUCACACAGGUGAGAAACCAUUUCCAUGCUCUGAGUGUGGGAAAUGUUUCACAAAUAAAUCCGAUCUUGUUAAACAUCAGAAAAUCCACACAGGUGAGAAACUAUUUCCAUGCUCUGAUUGUGGGAAAUGUUUUACACAGAAAUCGGUUCUAGUUAGACAUUAGAGAAGUCACACAGGAGAAAAACCAUUUCCAUGCCCUGAGUGUUGGAAAUGUUUCACACAAAAAUCAACUUUAGUUAUACAUCAGAGAUGUCACACAGGUGAGAAACCAUUUCCAUGCUCUGAGUGUGGGAAAUGUUUCACAAAUAAAUCCGAUCUUGUUAAACAUCAGAAAAUCCACACAGGUGAGAAACUAUUUCCAUGCUCUGAUUGUGGGAAAUGUUUUACACAGAAAUCGGUUUUAGUUAGACAUCAGAGAAGUCACACAGGAGACAAACCAUUUCCAUGCCCUGAGUGUUGGAAAUGUUUCACACAAAAAUCAACUUUAGUUAUACAUCAGAGACGUCACACAGGUGAGAAACCAUUUCCAUGCUCUGAGUGUGGGAAAUGUUUCACAAGUAAAUCCGAUCUUGUUAAACAUCAAAAAAUCCACACAGGUGAGAAACUAUUUCCAUGCUCUGACUGUGGGAAAUGUUUUACACAGAAAUCAACUCUAGGUAGACAUCAGAGAUGUCACACAGGAGAGAAACCAUUUCCAUGUCCUGAGUGUUGGAAAUGUUUUACACACAAAUCACAUCUUUUUAGACAUCAGAUUUCACACAGUAGAAAAGCAUUUCUAGUGAUGCACCUACUUCUAGCUGCUAUAAAUGUGACACCAUACACAGAUAUUGUACGUUGCUUGUGGACCGGCCCACAAGUACAAGUAUUAUGGAUGGAACGCCAAAAUUAUAUUAACAAUAUACUGAUAAUUGAAUUUGUUGAUGAAACGUGGACCUUCUGGGGUAUUUACUCCAAGACAAAUUCAUGGAAAUUAACCAAAGAGGAAGUAGUAGAACCCAUGUUAAAAUCUAAGGCUCCUGUGUUUAAAUGUCCAAAAACCGUUAAAGCAGAAUUUCUGGAUUCAGAGCAGCUGAUGGAAAUAAUCCUGUCUCCAGUGGAAAUGAAGACCAGGGCACUACAAGAGGCAGCUCAGAAGUUGCUACAAUCUGGAGUGAUAGUACCGGUUCCCUCAGCACAAUGGGGACGAGGUUUCUAUUCCAACCUGUUUCUAGCUCAGAAACCAAAUGGGUCCUACCAGGCCAUUCUGAAUCUCAAUGCUCUGAACAAACAUAUUUGGGUUCCUCGAUUCCUUAUGGAAACCUUACAUCCCAUUAUCUUGGCAAUAGAGCCGGGGGAUUUUAUGGGUUCCCUAAAUAUUCAGGAUUCUUACCUACAUACUACACAAGAUGAUACAACAGAUGAGGAUACAGUGUAUUCAAAUACCCCAUAUGAUGACCAGUCGGAGGGCUUCAGCACAGAGGAUAUAGCUGAGCUCAUUGAUGCCAUGAAAGCUAUUAUGUGUCUGGAGGAACCAGCCAAAGCAGUGUCAAAAUCUAAGGCACCUAAGUUUAAACGUCCAAAAUAUGAGUUUACGGAGUCAGAGGAUCUGAUGAAAAUUAUGGAAGGACCGUGGGCUACUCCUAAUAAAAAGUAUAAGAUUCCGAAGAAAUGGGAUUCUUAUUAUCCUUUUCCAGCUGGGGACUGUUCAAAAAGGGAGGUUCCUCCUAAGGUAGAUGCACAUGUUGUACGACUUGUGCGUAAGUCUGCUUUACCAUUACCAUCUACCUCACUGGAUGAUGUCACAGAUAGAAGAGUAGAUGAUUUCUUGAAAAAUAUUUUUUCUCUCUCAGGGGCUGUGGGUGGUGAGGAAAGUAAAGCAGGCAAAGGGAGCCAUAAUUCUAAUAGCUCCAGCCUGGCCCAGAAGGCAUUGGUACAUAGAUCUACUAAGGAUGUCCGUGGAAGCUCCAAUUCUGCUUCCUCAACGUCCAGAUCUAUUGAUGCAGGGGCCUUGUUGGCACAGCCAUCUGGAACGGCUGUCUUUGACGGCGUGGCUGUUGAAACCUCUAUCCUGAAAUCCAGAGGUUUUUCACAACAGGUAAUUCAAACCAUGCUUGGAGCAAGAAAGCCUUCUUCAGCUCGGAUUUAUCAUCGAAUAUGGCAGGCCUAUAGUCUUUGGUGUAACAAGGGAGAUGGAGGCACAAGCAGGAAUGCCUUGGAGGGAGAUCUCAUCUUGUCAGUAGAUACUAAAACAGAAGAUGACAUCACACAGGAUUCUCCAGGAGACAGCCCCGUUAUGCUAAAUAUACAUCCAGUACCUCUCAGCGCAGAUAUAUCAUCUGAUCCCUCUAACUGCGAGGACUGGUCUCCUGAUACCUCAGAUUUUGUUACACAUCGUGCAGCUCAUACACCUGAUAAAAUAUUUCCCUGUUCUGAGUGUGGGAAAUGUUUCACAAAGAAAUCAAAACUAGUUGCACAUCAGAGAAGUCACACAGGAGACAAACCAUUUCCAUGCUCUAACUGUGGGAAAUGUUUCCCACAUAAAUCAACUUUAAUUAUACAUCAGAGAUAUCACACAGGUGAGAAACCAUUUUCAUGCUCUGAGUGUGGGAAAUGUUUUACACAGAUAUCAGCUCUAGUUACACAUCAGAGAAGUCACACAGGAGAAAAACCAUUUCCAUGUCCUGAGUGUGGGAAAUGUUUUACACAAUCAGUUCUUGUUAAUCAUCAGAGACUCCACACAGGUGAGAAAUCAUUUCCAUGCUUGGCGUGUGGGAAAUGUUUUACACAGAAAUCAGCUAUAGUUACACAUCAGAGAAGUCACACAGGAGAAAAACCAUUUCCAUGUCCUGAGUGUGGGAAAUGUUUUACACAGAAACCAAUGCUAAUUACACAUCAGAGAAGUCACACAGGUGAGAAACCAUUUCCAUGCUCUGAGUGUGGAAAAUGUUUUACAACUAAAUCAAAACUUGUUCAUCAUCAAAGAAUUCACACAGGUGAGAAACCAUUUCCAUGCUCUGAGUGUGGAAAAUGUUUUACAACUAAAGCAAAACUUGUUAAUCAUCAAAGAAUUCACACAGGUGAGAAAACAUUUCCAUGCUCUGAGUGUGGGAAAUGUUUUACACACAAAUGUGAUCUUGUUAAACAUGAGAGAAGUCACACAGGUGAGAAACCAUUUCCAUGCUCGGAUUGUGGGAAAUGUUUUACACGCAAAUCAGUUCUUGUUAAUCAUCACAGACUCCACACAGGUGAGAAACCAUUUCCAUGCUCGGCGUGUGGGAAAUGUUUUACACAGAAAUCAGCUCUAGUUAGACAUCAGAGAAGUCACACAGGAGAAAAACUAUUUCCAUGUCCUGAGUGUGGGAAAUGUUUUACACAGAAAUCAAUGCUAAUUAGACAUUUGCAGAGUUUUAGUUCAGAGAAUGUAGCUGAACUUAUUGAUGCUGUGAAGACUGUUCUCUCUUUGGAAGAUCCAGCCAAGUCAGUGUCAAAGCCUAAAGCACCUGUGUUUAAACAAGCAAAAGCAGUUAAAGCAGAAUUCCCAGCGUCAGAUAAGCUGACUGAAAUGAUGGAAGAAUCUUGGGCGACGCCCAGUAAAAAGUACAAGAUUCCAAAAAGAUGGAAUUAUUAUUAUCCAUUUCCAGCUGCGGAUUGUUCGAAAAGAGAAGUUCCUCCAAAAGUAGAUGCACAUGUACUGCGACUUGACAUGUACUGUGCUUUACCACUGUCAUCUACCUCACUAAAUGACGUCACAGACAGAAGGGUAGAUAGCUUCUUGAAAAAUAUAUUUUCUCGAGCAGGAACAGUGGUAAGACCUGCUAUGGCUUCGGCCUGGAUAGCAAAGGCAAUGGGCGAAUGGAUAGAGAAACUAGAGAAUUACCUCCCCUUUCCUAAUAGGGAGCAAGAGUAUCAUUUAAGCCAUUUAAGACAAUCAGCCCAAUACUUGGAAGAAGCGGCAGAUGACAUGGGAACAUUUUCAGUUCCAAGCCUUGCCCUUUGGGCUAGCAACAGCACCCAGGGUGUUUACCAAGAUUAUGGUAGUUAUGGCAUUUUAUCUCCGCAAGCAAGGGACAAGAAUAUUCACAUAUCUCGACGACCUGUUAAUCCUAGCACAUUUGCAGGAGUUACUUUUGAGCCAUCUUCAACAGACAACAGUUUGUUUACAGAAACACGAGUGGCUCAUAAAUUGGGAAAAGUCGUCUCUGAAUCCGUCACAGCGGAUGGUUCAUUUGGGGGCCAUAUUGGAUUCGGACCUACAGAGAGUUUUCUUACCAGAGAAAAAGAUGGUCAAGGUGCAGGUCAUGACUCAGGAAACGUUGCACGACCAGACAAUGUCAGUCCAUGCAACAGUGCGACUGUUGGGUCUGAUGGUCAGUCCCCCUCAGUAGCACAUGACCUCACGAUAUUGCUCCAAAACUAUCUACACAAGAUCAAUUUCCUGAGCCUUUCAGAGAUGGACCUGGAGUCCAUGGAAAGGCCAUUCAUGAUUGAGGAGUUGGAAGUGGCUUUAUCUGCAACCCCAAUAGGCAAAAGUCCAGGCCAAGAUGUUUUCCAAGAUUACACAGUAGUAAAGAAGCCAUCCGGUGAGUGUGAAACACCCAGCCGCCACUCCUGUGUGCCAAGAGGACUGAGCAGGACACAGUGCCACAUCACGGUGCCUCUACCUCACUCACUGAUACAUGAGAGGCACAAUGACCAGAGGAUCCCUGAACUCACCAACAAGAUCAUUCAGCUGCUGACUGGAGAGGGUGAAGAUCUUACAAAUAUAAAAGGAGAAGAGACGUAUGUGACUGAUAUGAAGGCAGAAGAUACAGAGGGAGAAGAAGAGACGUAUGUGACUGAUAUGAAGGCAGAAGAUAUAGAGGGAGAAGAAGAGACGUAUGUGACUGAUAUGAAGGCAGAAGAUAUAGAGGGAGAAGAAGAGACGUAUGUGACUGAUAUGAAGGCAGAAGAUACAGAGGGAGAAGAAGAGACGUAUGUGAUUGAUAUGAAGGCAGAAGAUACAGAGGGAGAAGAAGAGACAUAUGUGACUGAUGUGAAGGCAGAAGAUAUAGAGGGAGAAGAAGAGACGUAUGUGACUGAUAUGAAGGUAGAAGAUAUAGAGGGAGAAGAAGAGACGUAUGUGACUGAUAUGAAGGCAGAAGAUACAGAGGGAGAAGAAGAGACGUAUGUGACUGAUAUGAAGGUAGAAGAUAUAGAGGGAGAAGAAGAGACAUAUGUGAGGGGUGAUCAGCAGUGUAAGGAGGAGGAAAUCCCUACAGAUAUCAGCACAGCAGAUGGAGGUACAAGCAGGAAUGACUUGGAGGGAGAUCUCAUCUUGUCUGCAGAUACUGACAUAGAAGAUAACAUCACACAGGAUUCUCCAGGAGACAGCCCCGUUAUGCUAAAUAUACAUCCAGUACCUCUCAGUGCAGCUAUGUCACCUGAUCCCUCUAACUGCGAGGACUGUUCUCCUGAUACUUCAGAUUCUGUUACACAUCGUGCAGCUCAUACACCUGAUAAUAAAUUUCCCUGUUCCGAGUGUGGGAAAUGUUUCACAAAGAAAUCAAAACUAGUUGCACAUCAGCGAAGUCACACAGGAGACAAAUCAUUUCCAUGCUCUGAGUGUGGGAAAUGUUUCCCAUAUAAAUCAACUUUAAUUAUACAUCAGAGAUAUCACACAGGUGAGAAACCAUUUUCAUGCUCUGAGUGUGGGAAAUGUUUAACAACUAAAUCAAAACUUGUUAAUCAUCAAAGAAUUCACACAGGUGAGAAACCAUUUCCAUGCUCUGAGUGUGGGAAAUGUUUAACAACUAAAUCAAAACUUGUUAAUCAUCAAAGAAUUCACACAGGUGAGAAACCAUUUCCAUGCUCUGAGUGUGGGAAAUGUUUUAAAACUAACACAGAUCUCUUUAAACAUCAGAGAAGUCACACAGGUGAGAAACCAUUUCCAUGCUCGGAGUGUGAGAAAUGUUUUACAAACAAAUCAGUUCUUGUUAGACAUCAGAGAUUCCACACAGGUGAGAAACCAUUUUCAUGCUCUGAGUGUGAGAAAUGUUUUACACAGAAACCAGCUCUAGUUAGUCAUCAGAGAAGUCACACAGGUGAGAAACCAUUCCCAUGCUCUGAGUGUGGGAAAUAUUUAACAACUAAAUCAAAACUUGUUAAUCAUCAAAGAAUUCACACAGGUGAGAAACCAUUUCCAUGCUCUGAGUGUGAGAAAUGUUUUACACAGAAAUCAGCUCUAGUUAGUCAUCAGAGAAGUCACACAGGUGAGAAACCAUUCCCAUGCUCUGAGUGUGGGAAAUAUUUAACAACUAAAUCAAAACUUGUUAAUCAUCAAAGAAUUCACACAGGUGAGAAACCAUUUCCAUGCUCUGAGUGUGAGAAAUGUUUUACACAGAAAUCAGCUCUAGUUAGUCAUCAGAGAAGUCACACAGGUGAGAAACCAUUUCCAUGCUCUGAGUGUGGGAAAUGUUUUACACACAAAUCACAACUUUUUAGACAUCAGAUUUCCCACAGUAGAAAAUAAUUACUGGGUAGAAACAAAUGAAAGAUGCAGCAGACAAGGAGUGUGGUUUGUAUAGUGCAUUAUGUCGUGGAUUGGGAAACCCUUUCUCCAUGUCACACAUACAGUGCAUGGAAAGUAUUCACAUCGCUUCACUAUUUCCACAUUUUGUUAUGUCACAGCCUUACUCCAAACUAGAAUGAAUAUUUUUUUUCCCUCACAAUACCCCAUAAUGAUGUGAAAAAAGUAUUUUUGAGAUUUUUGCUAAUUUAUUAAAAAUAGAAAACUAGAGACUUCCGGUUCCGGUGCCUGCAUGAGGAGACGCUGAUCUUUACAACUCUCCCGCACCUCUGAAUAACGGGCCGCACAGAGCCUCCGUCCCGCCGUAGAUAGCGGCGGUUUUUGCAGCAGGCUGAAGGGGAGAGUGUGAGGCAUCACAUGGAUAAGUUUUUAUCCGCAUCUAUGCCCCCCAAAGUUCACAAACCCAAGUCUGGCCGCCGGCAGUCGGAAUCCAAGAUGGCCGCCGCGUCUGCAACUCAGGUGGGAGCACAUGUUGCUAACAAUGAUACACACUCACAGCAUGCCUUGCACCCUUCACAACCUACCCCAGACACCCCUGUACCUGCCUCUGAUAGCCCUGUUACAUACUCAGACGUGGUAAAAGCAGUGCAGGUGGCUAUGGGGCCGAUUAUGGAUGCACAUUCAGCCAAACUGCAACAGGCCAUACGUGAUAUGAAAUCACAAGUAAAGCAGCUUUCUAGAACUGUGGUAAACAAUGAGCAACGCAUUGGGGAAACUUUCCAAGAUGUUACUGAGCUCAAAAUACAAUAUGAACAACUACAGAAAUCCCACUACCAGUUACAAACAAAGGUCGAUGCCCUUAAAAAUAGGUCACGACGAUGCAAUUUACGUAUCGUGGGGUUGCCUGAGUCAUUGAAAGGCCCUGAACUGUUUACAUUUCUGCAAUCUACCCUGCCUGAUUUGCUGGAUAUUGGAGAGGAUUGUAUGGGUUUAGUAGUAGAACGGGUACACCGCUUAGGUCCUCCGCGGUCUGGCCCGGACAGCAGACCCCGUGUAGUCAUUUUCAAAACUCUCAGUUUUGUGCACAAGGAGGCCAUCUGGGCAGCGUCACGACACAACAGGGAUCUUAAAUGGAUGGGCUCCCGACUGUUUAUUUUUCAGAACUAUUCUUCUGAAGUAAUGAGAGCAAGAAAAGACUUUGCACCCCUCUGUACUAAGUUGGUGAAAGACAAAAGGAAAUUUGCUUUGUUGUUUCCAGCACGUCUCCGUCUCUUUGAAGGCAAUGCAUUUAAAGAUUUCUCCACAGUCGGUGAUGCGGAGGGAUACUUGCGUGAACUUACUCAGACAGAUUACAGCCCCUCUGAAGACCCGGCUGAUCUAUAAUGUAUCCUGAAAUGUGGUAAUAGUUGGUCUUAUCUAUCCCUAAGGAGAUACCCACGUGCAGUCAGACCCUGACCUUUGUGUAUACACACAUACAGCCUUGGCCGGCAAAUUAUGUACGCCUUGCAGUCUCCUAGCUAACAAUACAUUUGCCCUUUUUUCUUC